UGAGAGGAUCACGUUGGACCUCCUGGAGCAGAAUAAGCAGAACACUCUAGCUGAGCAGCUGAAAAACAAACACAAGCGAGGUAACAUGUUAUUGUUAAAAUUAAGUUGUUAAAUGAGCCAUUUAAAAAAAGAGAAACUAAGGAAUUUAUAUUUCUAUAUUUGAAAUAUGCUAAAUUUUGUAACUUUUCAGAUCCCUUUAGCAUUUUCCCCCAAGAUUAGCACCUAGAGACAAAACAUCUGUUAUAUUGAGUGUUUAAUCUAGUCAUUUUACAUUAUUGACACACUAUUUUGCUAUUUGAUACAGUAAAGUUGCUUUGACACAAUCUGUAUUGUUAAAAUCACUGUAUAAAUAAAGUCAUCCACCACCAGAGAGAUCUUGUUAAAGAGAUCUCUUUUUUUAUUUAAUUUUUCUUCCCUCUGGUUAGUUUCAAUGUCAUUUAUCUGCGCCAUUUCAAAAACAAUAUAUGCAUUGUCAUAUUUAAAGUUGUUUUAUGUAGACAGUGUUUUAUUGCAAAGUGAUUUAACAGAGGAAAGCAUAAACUAUAUUUACAUCCAUGCAAAAAUUGGCUUUACAAGACAUAGUUUUAAUGCUAAAAAAAACCUGGUACACUAGUGUUACAUUUGUAAAAAAAAUAAAUAAAUAAAUUUAAAGGUCCCAUGACAUGCUGCUUUUUGGAUGCUUUUAUAUAGGCCUAAGUGGUCCCUAAUACUGUAUCUGAGGUCUGUUUCCCAAAAUUCAGCCUUGGUGCAGAAUUUCAGCCACUACGAGCCAGUCCCACAAUGAGCUUUCCUUAGGACGUGCCAUUCUGUGUCUGUAGCUUUAAAUGCUAAUGAGGACGAGAGAAGCGGGGCAAGGUGGAGGGUGGGUGUGUGGCCUUAACCAGCUUGCGCUACCAUGCGCUAAUGUUGACAGUGGAUGUAUCGCAAUGGCUCGUAGACACACAGUCCUUCAAGCUUUUCAGUUUGACCCAGAAUCUGAUCUGGAUGGAGAAGCACCAGAUGAAGAAGUUGCAACUCAUCGGCUACAGCAGGACGUCUCCGAAUGUCACAUUCUUCAACUUUUUUCUCUGGACCAGGAACAACUUCCUACAAUUUUCCUAUCCGCUCACUUUGGAUCAAAACACAGCACAUAAAAACCUCAGUCUGUCUGAGAGCAACACAGUGACUAUUUGCACUGACACAGAGCAGCUGCAUCCUGAUCAUCCAGACAGAUUUGAUGUGCAUCCUCAGGUGUUGUGUAAUGAGAGUGUGAGUGGAUGUUGUUACUGGGAGAUUGAGUGGAGUGGAGAUAGAGGUGUGUAUAUAUCAGUGUCGUAUAAGAGCAUCAGCAGGAAGGGAUGGGGUGAUGAGUGUGUGUUUGGAUAUAAUGAUCAGUCCUGGAGUUUGUUCUGCUCUCCAUCCAGUUACUCAUUCAGACACAAAAAGAUCCGGACUGAACUCCCUGUAGAGUCCGUCAGCUGUAGAAUAGGAGUGUAUGUGGAUCACAGUGCAGGAACUCUGUCCUUCUACAGCGUCUCUGAAACAAUGAGCCUCAUCCACACAGUCCAGACCACAUUCACUCAGCCGCUCUAUCCUGGGUUUAGGAUUUUUAAAGGAUCAUCAGUGAAACUGUUGAUGAAUCAGAACAGACUGUAGAGCGAGUCUACCCAUAAUACUUUGAGCUGCAUGAUGUUAUUGAGUCUCUUUCUCUCUUCUGUCACUGAAAUAUGUUAGAAUAAAUGUGUGUAAUAAAUCUUCAUAUAUCCCAUACGGAAAUGUAAUGUGCAUAUAUGAAAUAUCAAUAUAUGCAAUAUAUGCUCAAAUAAAGUAAAACAUAUAUGAAACCUAUUAGAAAUGGGAAAAAUUCCAUAUAUUGACAUACAUUUUUCCCAUAUAUUGUAUAUGUUUAUGUAUGUGUAAUACAUAUUUCCAGGGUCAAAUAUGUCUUAAAUAUGAAAUGUCCUAAUAUGCUCAUAUAGAUAAAAAAACAACAGCUAUAUAUGAAACCAAUUAGAAAAUGAAAAGAUUCCAUACAUUGACACAUAUUAACAUAAAAAAUGUGUGAUAAAGUUACAUUUAUAAUACAUAUUUUGCAAUAUAAUACAACAUAUAUAACUUUGUAUGUGUAAUAUAUCAGUAACAUGUCAGUGACAUGUAAUUUGUAUAUGUCAUAGAGUCUUAGGAUGGAUUUUACAUAAAAUGUUUUUGAUAAUUAUGUGAUAUAUAUAUAAUUAUAGCAUAUAUUAUAAUUUUAUUACUGUGUACUUGUCCUUUUUUGUAAAUUCAAUUCAGUUUGAAAUCAUGCUUCCUUUUGCUGUAAGCUUUUGCAACAAAGUUACCCUAUUUUAACCUCUGCAUCCGUCCUUCUUCAUCCCUUGUUUCACCUGACAAUGAGUAACAUUAAAAAUAUAUCUGCA